UCAAAAAUGGAAACAAAACCGUUGUUGUACCUCGAAGAAUACAAACUGAAGCAGGAUGCCAACGAUUACGGGUUGGCCGACGAGUUUUGGGACUUUGAACGGUUCAAGCAGCAGCUGCAAAUCGUUAUCGUGCGCUAUGAGGAAAACGAUAUGGAGUUCGACAUGAUCGGUGUGAGUCCCGCCAUUGCGAACAUGUUCCGUAGGCUGAUGCUGAGCGAGGUACCGAGCAUGGCGAUCGAGAAGGUGCACAUCUACAACAACACGUCGAUCAUACAGGACGAGGUGCUGGCACACCGGCUGGGACUGAUACCGCUCCGUGCCGAUCCACGGAUGUUCGAGUACAAAGCCAACGAAACGGAUGCUCCCACCGCGCAGGACACUCUCGAAUUUGAGCUGAAAGUGAAAUGCACUCGCAAGAACAAGGACUCCACGGAUGUGACGAGCAACGACAUCAUGUACAAGAACCACAGCAUCUACUCGGGCCAGAUCAAAUGGGUGCCGAUUGGAAAUCAGUCGACCGUGUACAAUGAGGCUGCGGUUGGCCCGAUCGAUGACGACAUUCUCAUCAGUAAAAUGCGCCCCGGACACGAGUUCGACAUCAAGCUGUUUGCCGUGAAGGGAGUUGGCAAGGAUCAUGCAAAGUUCUCGCCGGUGGCAACCGUUUCCUAUCGAUUGUUGCCCGAUAUUAAGCUCAACCGACCGGUUGUGGGGAACGACGCGCGGUUACUACAGAAAUGCUUCUCUCCGGGGGUCAUCGAGAUCGACAAGGAUGACCACGCGUACGUGAAGGAUGCCCGGUACGACAGCUGCAGUCGGAACGUGUAUAGAUACCCACAAAUUUCCGAUGCCGUUACGAUGGCACGCGUCAGAAACCACUUCAUAUUUACGGUGGAAUCGUUGGGAUCGCUCAAGCCGGACGUUAUCUUCGUGGAGGCGGCCAAAGUGCUGAAGAAAAAGUGUCGAAUGUUUUUAGAUGAAAUAAAGGGAAACUGA